UUGGUCUGUUACUCACUGUACUCCUAACCUGCGACUAUGUCUUUUCUAGACACGCUGCGCCAGUGGGACACUGCUGUAACUUGUGUUGACAGACAGGAUUUGUCAGAAGCACUCAAGAUUUUCCUGUCUAUCCAAGAACCAAACUCCAAAAUUUAUUUUGACAUAGGCUGUCUUCAUCUUCUUAACCAAGACCUGGAUGCUGCUGAAAAGGCGUUUGACUGCAGCAUACGCAAAGAUGAGCAUUUGGCUGUUGCUUUCUUUCAAAGAGGAAUCACAUUUUACAAAAAGCAGAGGUAUGAGGAGAGUUUAGCUGAUUUUCAGCAGGCCUUCAAAGCACUAAGAGGCAACCAGCUGAUAGAUUACAAAGCACUUGGUCUCAUAUACAAGUUAUAUGCAUGUGAGGUUCUCCACAAUAUGGCCCUGGCUCAGGCUCAACUGGGUAACUGGGAAAAAGCCCAGGAAAACCUUGUGAAGGCUCUCGACUACAAGACAGAUGCCAAGCUCAAUAUCAUUGACAAAGCUCUGCAAUCCACCCUGAAACAGAAACUUUUCAAACCAGUUGAGUUUCCCUCAAAAGUGCUAUUUAAACCAAAUAAGAACUAUGUUGCUGAGCUGGAGAAGAAGGACUACCUGGGCAAAGCAACGGUUGUUGCCUCCGUCGUUCCUCAGGAUGAAUUCUCUGGAUUUGCCCCAUUACAGCCACAGGUUGAAGACAGUCCAGCUUGUCCAAAAGAGCCUGAAGUUCUCAGGGCUUUAGAAGGAGAGCCACACACUGUCCUGUUUGAGUUUGUUCCUGAGACUAGUAGUGAGCUGGCUGUAGUGCCGGGAAAUAUUGUGUUUGUCCUGAAGAAGGACGCUGACAACUGGGCAUCUGUGAUCUUCAAUGAAAGAAGGGGACUUGUUCCUUACAAUUACCUGGAACGUUUGGAGAUCUCCUUGGCUUCCAAACAGAAUGGGGGAAAAUCUGAGCCUCCUACUCGAGAACCACCAGCCAGACCUGAAAGGAAACCAGGUCUUACUCCUGAUAACAGCAGUAGAGACACAAAACAAAAGGACGCACGGGCUACCGACAAUUCAUUUAUUGUCAAAGUCAGAUUCACAUUCAACUUUGCUGUCUCAGUACCACCUGGGUCUUCCUAUGCCUUACUCAUAGAGAAAAUCAGCAAGAAAAUCAAUCUCCCCAGUACUGCAAUCAUCAUGAGUUUAACCUCCGAGGCAACUGGACAAAGUGUAAUCAAUGCCAACACAGAAAUGGAAAGUGUGUGGAGUUCUGCCAGUGGCAGGCGCCUCACCUUGUGGUGUAUUGCCAAAGAGCAAACUGAUGGAAAGCCACAGAACGAGAUUCACUUGGUGGCACUUCAUUCCUACGAGUCAUCAAAUCCAGAGGAUCUCAAUUUUCAUGAAGGUGACAUGAUCACAUUGCUCUCAAGAAUCAACCAGGAUUGGUUUGAAGGACAAUGUAAUGGGAAUACUGGUAUAUUUCCUGCAUCCUUUGUGGAAGAAGUUCCUGACAGUGAUUUGAAUAAAUAAAUGUACAGAAAAGAUUCUAAAACCAGAAAUACAAUGAAGUGGCUAAAGCAGAAACGUAGCCCUACCAAAACCAUUGUAUCAUAAAUUAAAUCUGAUUUUUCAGGGCCUACAUACUCUUAAUUUAUUUUGAAACAUGUUUUCACUUAAAAUAAACCUUUUUCGCAUGAACAUAAUAUAAUAAGUUGUGUGACAAGUUGUGAUGUUUGGACAAAAUCAUAGAUUACUUUCUGUGAUUCAUUAAGUAAUAUACAAAACUAGUUUUCCAGCAAUCAGAAGCAACAUACUUUUAAUACCUGCAACUGCAGGCAGACUGAUAAAUACUGGUGAAUUAUCACUAAGACGUUCCUUCCUCUUCAUAGGCAAUAGCUAUCCCCUUCCUGCCCUUUCCUGCCUUUACCACAGGCGUCUCUCCCAACUUCUGCUCUAAGCCUCUCCAGCUUCGUGUUGCUAGGAAAGAUGCUGAAAAGAGAAAGUAAAAAUAUGUAGUUUAAUACAGUACAAUUUAGUACAGUCUGUUUGUGCCAGAAUGCAACAAGUGAAGUGGGUUUUUUGUUGUUUGGAGAAAUGCUCACAGGCACAAGUGUGACAACUACUUUGUGUGAAAAAUUCUACAAUAAAAUUAUGGAUGUAUGAAAAUU